AUGCUCGACUGCUCUCAACGACUCUUCCCCUUUGUCCCUCAUCCGUUAUUUCCUUCUUCAGUCAUUCCCAUAUUCCGUUAUCCCAUCACAUAUUCUCGUCUCCCCAUCUCCCCCCCCAAUCAGCUUGACUUCAAGGCCUCGUCUCAGAUCUGGCAGGCUGACAAGCUUGAUUUCAAACUCAUGCUCGGCUGCUCCCAACUCUCUACCCCUUAUCCUCUUAUUCCAGUUUUCAUAUUCACUAUCCUCAACUUCAAGGCAGCGUUUAUAAUCUGGUGCGUAGACAAGCUGGACUUCAUGGUCAUCCUCGGCUGCUUCCUCGGAAUAAUCUUCAGUUCACCCGAGAUCGGCCUUCUAGUCGCCUCCGUGCUCUCCGUCCUCAAGCUGCUCCUGCGCAUUGUCUGCCCGCACAUCCGCCUGCUCGGCCUGCUCAGCCUGCUCCCGAGCGGCGCUGCUACAGCCGUGAGCGUGCUACAGUUCCCCAACAGCACGCUGUGCGAGGGGAUCGUGAUGCUGAGGAUCGAGAGCCCGCUGUACUUCCCUGCUGCGAAUUUCUGCCGGCAGCGCAUCAAGAAGCUCUGUGAUGCGUAUGCGAGAGGGUACCAGCAACCCGUGCGGCACUGCAUCUUGGAUCUGAGUGUAAUGCACGACAUUGACGUGUCGAGCAUCGAUGGGCUGAAGGAGCUCCACCGAGACCUGUCCGAGAAGAGCAUUCAGCAUCGAAGUCCAUUCACCGGCGUCCCAUCAGGCAUCGACGGGCUGAAGGAGCUUUGCGAGAUUCAUGGGAUGCCGAGUCACUAUCUGUCUGGAAUGAGCAUUCAGAUACGACAAGGGGGCCGCGUGGGGCAGUCGUCGCCCCCUCUGCCGCUUGCUUUGGCGCCCGGGGAGGCCCUCUGCCUAUCCAGUGCGUCAAGGGACGUCCUGCGCAAGCUGUGGGAUGCCAACUUCCUAGCUGAGAUGGGCGAGCAGUGGCUCUUCGUCACUCCCGCCGAUGCCGUCAAGCUCUGUCGCUCCGUGGCCGUGGCUGCCCCUGCUGUGAAAGAGCUGAUGUAG